AAUAUACCAUGAUAUACCGGUUUUCUCUGGUAUCACAGACUGCCAACUCUUUUGAAAUCACAACUGUCGAUAUGUUUGCCGUUAAACUUAUCUAAAUUCACAAUUGAUUUUCUAAAUUCAAAAAUUUAACUCCAAUGGGCAAGAAGAGCGGUGAAAGUUGGAUGAAAUUGUACUUCCGACUGGUACGAGAGUUCUACUAUGAACAGCGGAAAGUGCAGAUCAUAAGCAAUCAGUUGCGUCGAUACCGGGUCGUUCGGACACGGUUCCAGAAGGACAUCCAGCGCGAGGCCAAGCAUCUCCAGGACUAUAUGGAAAGGAUGGACCAUAUACGAGAAGAAUUGGAUCGCCUUGAGCGCACAAAGCAUACGUUGACACCAAAAGAGAGGCAGCACCUAACGGCACUACAGAAGGAGAUGCCCGUCCACUCGCUGGAGGAGCGUGUGAGAAUAAUGGAGAUAUCGGAGCUGUCAGCGUGUUGGCCAUGUGGUCAGCCAGCAUUGGAGAAGCAAAUGGCCAUGAUGAAUGCCGAUAAGCGAGAGAUUAAGAGAAUCCAUAACAAGACAAUGGAAACCAUAGAGGAUAUACGUAGCCUUGAGACCAUAAGGAAAUAUCUACGGAAGGAAAAUUGCACCCGGAUCGAGAUUAAACCCUACGUGAAUCGUGGCAACUGGUUGGAGCCAACAACGGCCGCCGACACUCAAGCGGAUGUAAAGGCCACCAUUGCCUUGGAUCAUCUGCGAAAGAAGAAGGGCAAGAAGGGCAGGCACUUAACGCGGGAUGUUCUCGAGGUGACUCCUCGAAGUAUUCUACUCAAAAUACCCGAAUUAAUGCCCGAUAUGUAUCACUAUCUUGAUAAUCGGGGGAAAAUAAUUUAUUAAGCAAGAAUUAGUCUACUUAAACGUAAUCCUCUGCUAUAAUAUAUGCUCUAAAAUCCUGUUCAGCUUCCGUUUCGGUAUAUACAAUUUACAAUAACAACUAAAAUCAUUGAUCAUUUCGGCAUUCGGAUUAACCCCUUGAUCCUUGAACUAAAACAAAUUACAAUAUUUGUGUGUGGUUGCAGUUGUUGUUCUUAACAAUCUUUGCUCAUUAUGGCCUGCCUCUUUGCUUUGUAUUUUCCGAUCCUUCCUGCUGCUCAACAGAAGCCCGGAUUGGUGUGCUCUAUGAUGCAUCGUUUGCAGUACUUCUUCACCGCCCGAUAGCCCUCGAUGGAUAUCUGACAGUCCUGGAUGUUCAGCUGCUGCAGCCCGCGGCAGUAGUAGGCUAUGCACUGGACGCCCCGAUCCGUAAUCAUAUCACAAUUGCGCAGGCUCAGCUUCUUCAGGUUGGGACAGCUCUCGGCCAAGGCCCGCAGUCCGGCAUCGCUCACAUCGCACUUGCCAAUGUCCAGGGCACGCAGGCGCGGACAGGACCUGGCCAGGACGGUGAUGGAGUCAUCGCUGACGGCCUCGCAGCCGCGGGCAUUCAGGUAGCGCAACUUAUAGCAGCGCCGGGCAAUCACCUUCAGGCCGGCAUCCGAGACGCGUUCGCAUUUGGCCACGGACAGAUAGCGGAGGGCGGCCCCCAGCUUGGCCAGCUCGUAGAGCCCAAAGUCGGUGAUGUUGAGGCAAUCGGAGACGCUCAGCUCCUUCAGCGAGACACAAAAGCUGGGCACAAACUUCAGACCCGCAUCUGCAAGAGAUCAAGGAAGAGUUUAGAGGGGCUCUGGAGGGAUGGUUGCCCUGUGCUGUGCCUACCCGUGAUUUGUAUGCAGCGUCGCAGAUAAAGGUACACCAGCUGGGGGCAGUUCUUGACGACAAUCUUCAGGCCCAUGUCAUCGAUGGCCAUGCAGUCGGUCAGAUCCAGAUAUUGCAACAGCAGACGACGCGGGGGCUCCACAUGCGGAUUGGGACUGAUGCUGCUCACCUGACUGCAGCCUUUAAAUAAAUGGAGAAAGAUGCUGUAGAUUGCUGCACUUCGUUAGGGCCUCGACCAGAGCCUGAUUGGAGACGCCGACGCAGGUCUGAAGUUGCAGGUGCGUCAGCUCCGGGCAGCGUCGUGUCAGCAGCUGGAGGCCCUUGUCGGAGAUGCGGCAGCCAUCGGCGAGCAUCACUCGUUCCACCUCCGGACAGGCGCCAUUGCAGCUCUGGCCGCACAGCUGCCGGAAGAUCAUCUUCAGGGUCUUGUCCCCGUUCAGGUGCUCGCCCCGCAGAGUGAUGCACUUCCAGAGCACGGGACGCCAGGCCACCUGCUCGAAUCUCCGACAGACACGGGCCACAGUGCACAGCUCGCAGCUGUCUAGCCAGCUGAAGAUGCGGACAAUGGCCUCGUCGGGCAGGCG